ACACACACACACAAAGCUGCCCCCUGUCUUUCAGGGCAGUGCUGUAAGCCUAUGGAGCAGAUGGGCUCAGGGCUGACUGACUGAGCUGUGCUCUGACAAACUGCCUCUCUGGAUAUUGUUGCUCAGAUGAGGGGAUGAUUUCCUUUCCACAGUGGCUCAUCGAAAAUUGUCCACCCACAGACUUGCCAAUCUAGAAACUGGCAACUAGUCUAAAAAUUUGAAUACUUGUGCUACAGCUAAAACUUUUUUAAUACAGAGUUUAGCAACGGUCUUAAUAUUUCCUCGAUUCUUGGGUUUGCUAAUUAAUACACUGGGAAUAGGAAUUCUCGCUAUGUAUUAAAUCAGGGCCCACAUUUAAAUUUGGAACUAGUUUUGUGCCAAGAACUAUGCAAAUUGAGUAAUAUUAAUUAUAAUAGGAAUUACUGAAAUUUGUAUUUAGGGUUUUUUCACUGUCAGUCAGUUUCAUGUCAAUGUCAGUGCACAGGCUUGUGCUUUUAUAUAUUUUUAUAUUUGUAUAUGAAAAAUACAUUAAUGUCCUAGACAUUAUACAUUUACUUGCAUUUUUCUGUUUUAUAGUGCUAUUUUACUCUUACCCACACAUUCCACGUGUAAUCCGUAUUAUAUUUCUGAGUUUACUAGUUUAUGUCUUAUUUUCUACAUACUGAGAAAGUAUAAUUGUCUUAAAGAUAAAAUCUUGAGCUCAAGCAUAAAAACUAUUGUCAUUGUUUCAGAUGUCUGAGUUGUUGUUUUCAUCUUCAUUUAAAUCAUCAUUUGAAGUCUAAACAAUUUGAAUUUAAAACCCACGAUUCCAUGAAUGAAAAGCACAAAAUAUAACUCGACCGGCAUAUUGGCCAAUUUUUAGCUAUUUGCCAAUGAAUCUGUAUCAGGAUCAUUAAGAGAUAACGAAUAAAAAUUAAGAAAGUAAAGGAGAGACAGGAGAAGCACACUCUGACCCCAUUAUGAGUGUUGAUGUUGUUUAGUUUGUCCUCCAAGUAGUGAAGCAGAGGCAGUGAAGGUGCAUGACUUUAAAUGGCAGGGGUCAACCACAGUGCACAAGAGAGGUGAAGAAGACAGCCAGGGUACAGGGGUUAAAAAUCAGUGUGAGUGGUUAUUUGUUGACAGAAGGAUGGCAAUGGCAGUGACGACUUUAUUUAUAUAUCAGAUUUUGUUAUACUUAAACUACUUGUACUUAAACCCACCUCUUAAUACAGAAGAUAAAAACAUAAACACAUAAGUAGGUUUACAGUGUAUUAAGGAUAGCAGCAAGAGUGAAAGGGACGGUUUAGUGAGACCUGCUGUGAUGUUUGGUACAGAGACACUGCUGCUGACAAAAAGACUGGUGGCCAAGCUGGAGGUGGAAGAGCUGAAGAUAUUAAGAUUUUCAUUGGGAGUGACCAAGAUGGACAAGAUUAGAAAUGAGUGUAUCAGAGGGACAGUUCAGUUGGAGCAAUUUGGAGACAGACAGGCAAAGUUGAGAUAGUUCCAACCUGGGAAAAGGACGGAUAGUGGAUAUAUCAAAGAAAGCAUGUUGAAGAUGGAACAGGAGGACAUGCAGAGGGUUGGUGUCAGAGAGGAUGCUAGGAAUAGGGCAGGUUGGAGGCAGAUGAUCCGCUGUGGCGACACCUAAUGAAGAAGCAGAAAAAGAAGUUAACACUUCCUGAAUCAGAAGAAUCCAAGCUGAAGUACAGUAGGUUCCUGAAAUUAUCCAACCAGUCCUUCAUCUGUCUAUCCAUCCAUUCUCUUACACUUAUCCGAUUCAGGGUUAUUGGGGGGCUGGAGCCUAUCCUAGCUACCACAGGGUGAGAGCUGGGGUACACCCUAAGCAGGUCUGCCAUAGUGUUUAAUUGUGAAUUUAUCUUUAUUUGAAAUCCACACACAUUGUCCGGAAUCACACUGACACAUUAAAAAUCUGCAACAGAUAAAUUAUUCUGUUAGCUCUGACUUGAACAAGUGAAUUGUCAGGAUAAAUACUUCCACAUGCUGUAUAAAAACAUCAAAAAAUAAUGGAACUCGGCAGAAACACCAGUACAGCUUGUGUUGAGUGUGUCGCCCUCUUCUGGUUGACACCGUGAAUUGCCUGUAGCCCUGACAUUGUGAUGGCUGAGAAACUGAGUAAGGUCAUGAAUUGGACACAAUGCCAAACACUCCUUCUCCCAUUGGAAGAGCAGAUGGCAGCUCCCCAGUGCACAAGGCAGGGAGAUGCCACCACCAGACGCUCAAGGGUGUAGAAGCACACACGAGCACAAGCGCAUUAACAUUCUUGGUAUUCAUGCAUUUGUGUGCGCACCAGUAGUAUACACUCGGAGCACACAAAUGCAUGAAUACCAAGAACGCACACACGCGGACUCGUGUCUAGGACCCAGCUAACAGAGGCUUGACCUAAAUUCCUUAAUUUCCCAUGUCUGAGGGUUGAAUUGUCUCUUCGCCUUUCUGUCACACAGUGAAGUAAAGUUGUGGCAGGUUUGCAUCAUAAGCACUCACAUCACUGGUUAUAUGUCACGUAUAUACAUUAUCUGCCAAGCUUUAUUUUGUUUAAUGACAGUCAUAGUAACAUGCAGUGUCUACCAGUCCCAUUGAGUCAUGAUGGUGAACUCAAGGCACCACGUUACCCAAUGUUUCCAUGUAAAUCUAACUAUAAUAUCUACUUUUCCACUGUAGCACAGAAUGAACUAUAGCUUGAACUUGAAUGAUUAAUGUCAUUAUAAAGUAUAAGCCUCUGUGACAUGCACUGGUAAGCAUCUCUAUUUAAACCAAGCCUUCUAAUAAUAAACACUUCAUUAGCACUUUUGUUAAAUACGGAUGCACUGCAAUGAUCGUCUGCUCAAAACAUACAGGAAAUGUCAAUUAGCAGACAAAUUUGCUGUGUGUAUUUCACCACAUAUCCUCGAUUAGAGUGCUUGAGAUCCUGGGCAUUUAGGCACACAGAUUUGUCACGUUGCCUCCAAUACAUAAUAAUAAUGCGGCUAUCAGUGUCAGUUUGAGCCAUAUUGGUUGACACACUGAGGAGGGUAUGCUAAGCUUAGCUGAGUGGCAUGUCACGGCAGGAUAUGAGUUAGCUAAUGUGGUGUAAAAGGAUUUAGAGGAUUUGACCCUAUCAGCGGAGAUGGCACUCAGAAAGGCUCUGUUAAUGACACUAAAUGAGUCUGUGCCUGGAGCAUGCUAAUAAUGGUGGAAAUAAAGCCAGUUCAUAAUUUAUAUGGAGAUUUUUUUUGUUGCAAUUUCUUUUUGGCAAAUGGUUAAUUGCAAAAAGUGUGUCAACGUGGUGCAUACUUUUAAAGGUGAAGUAACACCAAAUGUUUCGGUGCCUUCUCUGAAACAAUGAAUUGUAAUCAACUCAAAUUGCCCUUCAAAUGAGGUGUAAUUUUUAGGUGAGCUGCUUUGUCAUCACUUAUUGCCUGUCUCACACUGCACUGUGCCAUUAUCUGAUUUUGAUGCAUGUUUGUAGCUCUCCUAAGGUGAUAAUAGAGAUUUAUAGCAAAUAUCUCCUCGCCAUUUCUCCAAAGAAACUGUCUGAUUGAUAGAAACAGAGAAGAAGAAAUGUCUGUUUCUGGUCUGGUGGUUGAUUUCCAAUUUGACUUUCAAAUUUUAUGAAUAGGGAAGUGGUAUAAAAAGCCAUUAACUGCUAGGCUGACAAUUCACAUUAGCUUUCUCAAUAUGGAAACUGUGAAUGAUGAAAAUUAAAGAGCAAUGUUAUUUUGACGAUUGUUUUUUAUGGAAUGUGAGUACCUGACUAAAAUUCAAAUGAGGGAGUGAUGGUUUUUAUCUGGCCCGAACCCAAAACCUCCGUAGCAAACAGCAGUCUGCGUUUGUGCAGAGCGACUGUAAGUUAAUACAUUUUCAGGGAACUGUUGUUGUCCUGCAGAGCUGACUUUGUCUGAACGUAAUUAAGAUUAAAUGUACUGUGCUGAAUAUAAGAUUAAGUUUUAACAGUAUUAUUAGUUUUCCUUGCAUCUGCUUCGGAGGUAGUCUCUAACAUUAAGACAUCCAUAUUUUAUCCCAGUUUACCUCCAGUUUACAGCGUGAUAUCAUAAUAUACUAACAGUAUUUAUUGAAAAUGGCAAUUAAUUCAGUAGAAAUGUACGUGUUUAUUAGCUGUCUGCCAAAAUGUACAAAGAAUUAUUCCAGUUAUUAAUUCACUCGACUGCACCAGCAGAGAUAAGGAAGCAGCAUGCUUUAAAAAGCUGAAAUGUAAUGUACUUACAGAUGUAUUUACAGAUGCUCGGUGGGCUUGUUUACUAUUCUUUUGGCUUAAAAAGUUAGCAGAAAUUGAGUAAUAAUAAUUACACUAUUCAGCUAUUAAUAACUACAUAUCCACACAGGAUAACAAGCCUAAUACCUGUCACUAUCACCUUUGCAUGAUAUCCCUCCAUUAUAAUCGUUCAUGGUCCAUGACGAGAAGCGCCAUUCUUGCUGCCCUGCCGGGCAGGGCAUUGGCACAGCUUGACUAGGAGGACAAGAAGUUGUAGCUGCCAACUCCUGCCGCCCACCGCCCACUGGUCAAAUCCUCUUUUACUGGUUUCACUAUGACACUCUGCCCGCCAUCCUUGGCUCACCAUGCAAAGCUAGGACAGGAGCUUCAUCACUCAUGCCAGGGAUACCCACUGGAGGUGGGAAGUGGAGAGAGAAGUGACAGUGGAGGAGGAGAGGGAAAGAGAAACAGAUGGAAUAAGAGAGAAUGAUACAAGCUGAAAGAAAGGGCUUUUACAGAGAUUUGGCCAUUGUGUAUCACAACUUACCUGGAGGAGAUACAGUGAGUCAGCCAGAGACAGCAGGUAGUGUUGUUAACUAUAAUUUUUUAAACUGCCUUAAGUGUGUAAUAUUAUGUUUUGGAUUUUUUUUAUUAUUAUUAUUAAAGGAAAGGCCACAAAAUCAAAUCUUCUCAUGUGUGCAUUUGUUUGUGGGUGCUCAUGAAAGGAAAUGUUUGUGCAAUGAUGAUUGACCUUUUUUUUCUGAAUGUGAUUAGGCAGAAAAAGGAGAUAUUUGUUCGCUGGCAGCUGCAAAGACCCACAUAAAUGCAGAGGCGUCUCGAGGAACUCAGCGCUGUCAGCAGUUUUUCUCCUACUGAUAAUCUAUGCCCUGACCCACAAGCUACUGCGCGCCUUUGUUUAACAUGUUGUUUUUCUAUCCAUUUCUAGCAUUUUAACACAGAUGUUCACUGUGGGAGACAGUGGGAAGCUGGCUCAUUCACUGUACAGACAAAAAAAUGCCUUCCAGCUACUCUGUUUUAGUCUGGUUUAGCACAGAAGUGGGCGUAUUUGUGUGGCCAAGCUGAUAUGGAUGGCUGAGUUUGAGUGUUUGUGUUAUGUGUUUUGUAUAGUGCUGUAUUAAUCAGCUCUUAAACCUUUUUCCUUCUGUCUUUUUUGUUGGGUUGUUUGUCUCUCUUUUUUAGGAAAUAUCUUCAAAAGAAUUUCUCUUCUGGCCUGGAGGUCUUCUAGAGGGUUGGACCUCCUCGCCAUCAUGAAAGGCUUAGGGACCAACCGCAGCAGACACCUGUCUGAUUCCUGCGACACUUCUGCAGACCAUUCAGAGGCCCUCUUUUCUCAUAAGACCACCACACUUCCUCGCAGCCCUUACUUGCUGAGUCCCACAAUGGACCACUAUGGUACCAUGGACCCCCACCUUUACUCUUCAGCCAACCCAAGCUCCCUUCCACCAGAAUGCAUGCUGCCCCUCAACAACCAGCUGUCCAACAGCAGCACCUUUCCUGGGAUUCACUACAACUCCUAUGACCAGUCUGAUUUUUCUCCUCCUGGGGAUAGUAUCGGAGGAAUAAGCACAGGGACCUUGGGGACCUCCAUGUCCAUGGGCAUGGGCAUGGGCAUGGGGACGGGAAUGGGCAUGGGCAUGGCAGGGCUGAGCACACGAACACCUAUGAUUACAAGUGGCUCAGCAACAAUAUCACAUCAUAUGACCAAGAACCAGACCCCACCAAGUCUGCUUGAGUUUGAUAAACAGUUACCUGGCGGCCGUGAUGGAUUCAGCACAUUGCAGUUUCACCGAACAUCUGCUGCUGCUGCUGCCAAGCAGCGUACGGACAGUCCUGGUCGUAUUCGUUACAUGCUGCACUCAGUGCAGAAGCUCUUUGCAAAGUCGCAGUCCCUGGAGAGCCACAACAUGAAAGGAAAUGUUAACGGACGGUCGACCGGCAGUGGAGGAGGUUCAUCUAGUACGGAGGAUGGAGGGAAGCACAAUCGCAGAGCCAAAAGUAAAGAUCGGGGUACAAAAUCAGAAGCAACUGCCAAGCGACGGCCACGCUCCAACAUGUCGGGCUACUGGAGCUCAGACGAUCUGGACAGCAGCGAUUUGAGCAGCUACCACAACACCAUGGCCAUGAUGACUCUCGGGCGUCCGUCUGGCCCCGACAGCCACGGGGGGCAGAACAGAUACAUCCACAGUGGCUACAACACUAUCAGCUCAUCUAAAAGCAGCAGUGACUUAAAGUAUCAGGCACUUCCUGGGCCAGGGGGUGGAGGAGGUGGUGGAUUAAGUGGACUAGGUGGAUUAAGUGGACCAGGAGGUUUGAUGAUGAAUGAUAGUGACUAUAUGAAAGGAGGGUCAUGGUCCACAUUAACCAUGGGUCAACCAAGACAGGUUAUUCAGAAGGGCUCAGCUACACUGGACAGGUCCAUGCUCAAAUCCAAGUCCUGUCAACAAGAACUAACCUGCAACUACCUACAGGUUGGAAGAAGGGGUGACUGGAGCAGCUCAUUAGGUCGCAGCGGGGGUGCCAAUGAAAUCCCAUGCCGGCGGAUGCGGAGUGGUAGCUAUGUGAAGGCAAUGGGAGACAUGGAAGACAGCGAUGACUCCGAGGGAAGUCCCAAACCCUCACCAAAAACUGCUGCUCGGCGUCAGAGCUACCUCAGGGCUACCCAGCAGUCUCUGAGUGACCAGUUUCCCCCACGCAACAGAACCCUGGAAUACACCUUUUUGCAAGGGGAGCUAGAUGCCCUGUGGUCUCCACUCCACAGUGUGUCCUCUCUGCACCAGCUGGGCAGGUCAAUGAGCAGCUGUCUUCCAGCUCUCAGAGAGUUCUCCAAUAAUCGCAGCCUAGACAACCUAGACUGUAUUGGGAGUAUAGGCUCAUCUUUGCCACCAUGGGACGACGAUGACUUCAGCCAGGCUUGCAGUACCUUGGGCAGGCGCAUGGGACAGCUACGAGACCUAGAAAGGAGCCAUCAUUAUGAAGACCGCAGCUCAGAUUCUACAUUUAGAGAUUCCCGUUCCCAUUCUCAGGACAACUCAGAGCCUCCAGACCUACCCAUGCCAACGUGCUUCCGAUCCCGCAGCCACAGCUACCUGAGAGCCAUCCAGGCUGGCUGUUCCCAAGACGACGAAGUUGCAUCCAUUGACUCGGGCUGCUCUCCACCUCCCAUUGACACCACGGUUCGCACCUACAGCACCAGCACUGACGAACUUUCUGGACAAUGGAAGACAUGGAAAGAACAGUUUGGCUCUUACCUGAGAGCCACAGGCUUGGACAAAGAACCAAAGGAGAAACAACUUGCAAUUUUUCUUCAGCGUUUUGGGACAGACAGACCACACAUCCUACCCCCACGCACAGUCUCCUCGUGCAUAACCACCUGUAAGAAAGCAGCUCCUCCACCAGUGCCACCCCGUACAACCUCCAAGCCCUACAUCUCAGUGACCGUGCAGAGCAGCACAGAAUCGGCCCAGGACAACUACUUGGACCAGCAGGACAGGAGGUCAGAGGUCAACAGCCAAUCUAGCCACGCUCAAAGCAAUUCUUCUGACAGCCUUGACAGCACCCGUGCCAACAGCCUGGCCCGGGGCAUUCCCCGCCCUCCGCACAUCAUCCCCACUCCUAUUGCUACCCCGAGAGAACCAAUUGCCCCCGCUACUGCAAAUGCUUCCACUGAGACAAGUGACUCUGUAGUCCAGCACGAACCCCUAAAAUCGGGAUUUAAUAAAGGAAAUCUUGCAGCAGAGGAGCCCCUAGUAGUCCCGGUGCCCAGGCGGAAACUUUCCUCCAUUGGCAUACAGGUGGACUGUAUUCAGGAAGUUGCACGAGAAGAGACUCCUCCCCUGACCAGAUUUCAAUCAAUUGGAGUACAGGUGGAGGACGGGUGGCAGCUCAGUCACUCCAGCAGCAUGGCCUCAAAACACGAAACAGACUCAGACACGCAGGACAUCUCUAUCAUCUCCCAUGUAAUUAAUGCCAAAACCACUGAGAAGAAAGUCAUGGUCAAUUGUGCCAGUCAGUCCAUGAGCUCCCCUCCUGGACGAGACUCUUUAGACAGCGCCGACCCCACCUCUUCACCUCCACCUCCCAGGCAGAUUCUCAACCGCUCCACCACAAGAAGCAGCUCUUCCUCUUUCUCGGAAAGUCUGGACCCAGCGUUGGACCCCUCUUCUCUUCCACCGCCAGACCCCUGGCUGGACAGCGGGAAUAACAGCAGUGUCCCUCAGAGCGGAGGAGGGGGAACGCUGUGUCGGAGGGAUGGCCAGUGGUUCUUGAAGCUGCUGCAGGCCGAGACGGGACGCAUGGAAGGCUGGUGCCAGCAGAUGGAACAGGAAACCAAAGAUAACCAGCUCUCAGAAGAGGUGCUGGGGAAGAUUCGCAGUGCAGUAGGAAGUGCCCAACUCCUAAUGUCUCAGAAGUUUCAGCAGUUCCGGGGACUGUGUGAACAAAACUUGAAUACAAAUGCCAACCCACGCCCUACAGCCCAGGACCUGGCUGGUUUUUGGGACCUCCUUCAGCUAUCCAUUGAAGACAUCAGCCUCAAAUUUGAUGAGCUGUACCAUCUCAAGUCCAAUGACUGGCAGCCCGUGACAUCUGCAGCUGCCCAGUCAAAUUCUGAGCGGAAGGUACUUCCCACCCCUGCUGCCCAGUGCCCUGGCUGGGGACGAGGAGAAGGCGGCGUCAAAGAAGCCUGGUAAGGUACGACCACCGCUGGGCCGCGAGAAGAGUGCCGACUCUUCAUCCAACUCUUCCUUGAGCUCGGCAGAGAAACAGCGACAAGAGGCUCGCAAGCGUCUGCUGGCUGCUAAGAAGGCUGCCUCGUUUCGCCAGAACUCGGCCACAGAGAGCGCAGACAGCAUCGAAAUUUACGUCCCUGAGGCCCAGACUCGUCUCUGAAAGAAACUGUGAGAGAGGGCCGUUGGGUUGGAACAAAGGACAGUUAAGUGUCAGUUAAACACCUGGAGAAAGGAGAGGAAGCUUUUGCAAUGUAAAUGAGUCAUCUCAGUGAAGAUGGGUACGGGUGGAGGGAAAAGAGUGGGGAAAUUCCUGAGUUUGGAGGGUUUUGACACAUUCAUACAAUAAUAGGCUGGUCCUGGUGACUUCAAAUGAGCAAACAAGUCAUUGAAUAUUUCUCGGACCCAACGGACUUUGAAGCAGGAGACUCCUCAUUUGAGUCUUGCCAUUGAAAACCUCAGCUGAUGAACUUUAUCUUUUCUUGUUACUGUUCUUGAUAUCAUCAUAAAAAAUUGUUAAUGAAGGUAUUGUUAUAAUGACAAUUAUAUCCUAAAGAAUCUAUAUGAAGACUGUUUUAAAUGUUCCUGUAUCUCGGCUAUAAGAUAUUUUAAGCAGACAGAAGGCAAGCGUUUAUGCUUUUCUGUCUUCCAUCGUCCUGCUCUCUUCCCAGACCAUUGGCCAUCUUGUAGCUUUUGCACAACACCGCCUUGUGGCCAUCACAGACACUGCACACAUACCACAAACUCACCUCUGUGUGUCUUCCUCCUAUUUAUUUGUUUGUUAACUUUCUUCAUCAUUUGAGUUAUAUAAAAAUCAGUUUAGAUCAGGUUAUUACGAAUAGUUUUGGUGUGAUGAAACUGAAAGUCAGGUUUAAAGGGGUAUUUGUAUAGUUAGCAGUUACCUCUUGCGUAUGUCCUACAGAGUCGAUUGUGUCAAAGAUGUUUUUUAACAAACUUUAGGUUUAGUGUCUGAAUGGAUUUAGAAUGAGAACGCAUCCCAAUAAUCAGGCAAAGCUUGAGGACAUUUUAGGAUACUACCGCUCGAAAGUUUGGGGGGUUUUUUUGAAAUGUUUUUGUUUUCUUUGUUUUGUGAAGAGAAGCUCACUUGUUUUAAGCUAAUGUAGCACUGACCAGCAGAAAUGUCAUAAUUGGCAGCAAUUAAUUACAAUUACCAACAUUUCAGGCAUACAUACCUUCACUCCUGUGUUCUAAUGGCAUGAUCUCUAAUACCAGUUUGUCAUAUUAAAAGAAUAAUUAUUAGGAAACCUCUUUCAGUUAUGUUAACAUAGCUGACAAAACUUGUGCCAUUAACAGAAGCCAUUACAUUACAUGCCAUUACAUUUAAUGUUGUUUCUUUCACUGUGGAUUAGAUGUUUAAAAAGACAUUUUAGAUAACUAAAAUUAAAACAAAAAAACUGGGGGGAAUUUAAGACUAUAACUGAAACAAUUUUGUGAACUUGGAACACUAAUAAAUAUAUAGAAAUAAAUAUAUAGAGGAGAUAUCCUUAAUUACUAUCUGUUAGUUAUGUCAAGAAGAGGCUUUGAUGUGUUUGAAACUCAGGAUCUCUGGACACUGUGAACCAGCUGCUUUCAAAAAGUUAUGUGAUUUUAUUGUAAUACUUGGACUGAUUUUCCUAAAUCUUGUCUUUUACUUAUACAGUCCAUAUAAUAUUAAUUUAAAUGGACACUAAACCUAAACAUUUUCAAAGAAUAGAAAUUACCGGUGAAUUGAAAUAAGAGAAUCACCCCUGGGAAAAUAACUGAAAAACAAACAGUC